CUCAAAAAAUUAUUAAGAGUCCAGAUUAUUGGAUAGAAAUACUUGAUUAUUGGAUAAAAUGUGUUUAUCCCAAGUGAAACUUGACACACGCCAUACUCCUUACGAUGAUCAAAUUAUCUAAUUUUGACUCAUUUUUAUGUGAAUGUUCAUUAAAUCUCUGUUGAGGAUCUUAUGUCAAAAUUUGUCUAUCAACACACUCAAAUUUAGUAUCUUAUACAAUAGUGUAAAUACAAUUUAUUAAUCAAAUCUUUCAAACUUUAAAAUUAUCAGCCAUAACUUUCAAAAUACAAAGUAUUAGCCAAACCUUAACUCCCCGUUAGCAUUUUUGUUAGCAAAAUUUAAUAGUUAUACUUUCAAUAAAAUUGUAUUAUAAUUAAGAAAAUAUUUAAAAUAACAGAAAAAAUAUUAAUAUUUUGAUAUGAUACAAAAGAUUUAAUACAAAGAUUUAAUACAAAAAAGAUUUGGUUAAAGUAUUGAAAUUUCUUAAAGGUAUAGCUAUUAAAUUUUAUUUACUCAAUUUGUACCAAUUGCUAAUUCUUGAAAUUUGUAGUAACCUUCAACUCAUGGUUGUUGUCUACAUUGGCUUGUAAGAAUCUCAAACCAAGACACUCUCACACACUUUCAAGGGUUCUCGUCUUAACAUGAUCCUUUAGUGUAUAACGUUCCAACUUUUUUAAUGUGCAUUUGCAAAAUUUUCCUUAUUUUUUGUGUUACUUCUGGAACAAAAAUAUGCAUUAUAUAUCUUAAUAAUUGAUAAAUCAUGUCAACAACUACAAUGCACAUAGAUAUAGGUUCAUUAAAAACGUUGUAUCAUUUAAAUAAUUAAAUUUUUUUUUUUUUACAAAGUGAUUUAAAAAAAAAUUAAAACUCAUACAAACAUUGUGACAUUUCACACGGAUGAAUUCUUGGAUGUAUUAUAGACACAUCUAUUGUUAAUAUAAAGAGUUUACUUUGUUUUGUAACCCUAAUUAAAACCUUUGAACACACCUCGUUCAAUGGAAUACGCAACAAAAUUUUGUGGAUAGGAUAACUCGAUCUGUAUACAUAUUGCUUACGGUACAAACUACCAUUUUUGUUUUGACAUUUUGAUAUGGUAAAAUCUUUUUUUAUUGCCAAAUUUGGUAUGGAGUUACAUACUCACAACCAUGCAAUCAAAUGACUUAUUAGAAUUGCCUUGUUGAUCUCAUGCUUAUAAAGAUUCUUCAUUUUUAACCUAAUAGCUCAGUUUGGAGUCUUCUAACUAUAAAGGCCUUUAAUGCAGAAGACAUUCAACUAUUAAACGAAAAUUGUCAACCCAUGUUUGAUUAAUGCUAGGUCAGUGGUUGAUGAAACUUAAUGUUUAUCGUACAUCGUCAACAAAGAUUUCUCCAACACUCACGUGCCAUAUAAUACGUGUACAUCAUCAAGUUUCUAUCCAGACCUUUUACUAUAUAAUACUUAUUUUAUUUUAUAGAUAUAUUAAUUAGAAAUAAGAGAAGGGAUGGCAAUGAAGCGGGUUUGCCUAAACCAUCACCAUCACCAUCCCCAUCCCCAUUUUCAAAUACCUAAACUCGUACCCGCCCCAUACCCAUACGGUGGAAGGUUUUACAAACUCAUCUCCAUACCCGCGGUUUUCGGAUACCCAUGGCCAUGGGUAAUACCCGCCCCAUCAACUACUCACCAUAAAAAAUAUGUAAAAUAAAUGGGUACUACCUGCCCAAAAUUAUGGAACUGAUACAUAAGUGGAUGAAAUUACGGUUUGGUUGCCAUCAAUUACAUAAGUGGAUGUUAUAUUUUCUGCAUAUAACAUAAUAUCCUCGGUGGGGCGGGUUUGGGUAUGGGGAUGGGGAUUUCAAAAGCAUAUCCACCCAUCUCCAUCAAAAAAUUUGUGGGUUUUUCCCAUACCCAAUCAAUGCGGAGAUUCCCCAUAUUGACUGGGUCGGAGACGGUUGGGUACCUGCGACCAUGGGUUUGGUUGUCAUCUCUAAAUAAGAGAGUGUUUAAUAGCCAAAAAUAUAAAAUAACAUAGUUCAUUUUUGAAAGUAGAUUGAUUUUCUAACAGUUAUUUUCUCUAUUUUCAUCGUUAUAUUUUGUUUAAUCGAUAAAAAUAUUAUUGUUUAUGUGUGUGUGUUUGUUUAAAAUUUCCAGUAAAAAACAGUAGUCUUUUUCUCUAUUUUCAUCGUUAAUAAUAUAUUUUUUGUUGAACUAAAUGUGAUAUAUCACUCUACAAACAUUAGUCUUUUUCUACAAACAUAGAUAUAAUAUGAAAAUUAAAAAGAAUCAUUGAAUAAAAGAAAACAUCAUUAAAAGAAGAGAGAGAUAACUCCAUAAAUAGCUCAUUAACUAAUUUUUUUGCUUGUACAAAAAUUGUCCACCUUAGCAACUAGUGAAUUCUCCAAGUGCUUAUGUGGCAAGAAGUUGUUUUUGAACAACCAUAAUAUAUAGUAAGAUAAGAUAAGAUAAGAUUAAGGCAAUUCAAAAUUAAAUUUUUGUCAUAUAAGCACUUAGAGAGAUCUCAAGUUGCCAAGGUGGACAAUUUUUUUACUAAAAAAAUAGUUAUUGACCUAUUUAUGGAGUUGUCCCUCUCUCUUCAUUUAAUAUUUAAUUCUCUUUCAUCCAAUAAUUAUUAUGCUUUUGUUUUUGCAUUAUAUUUCUAAAUAAUAUAUGGAGAGAAAGGUUAUCAAACUGGUUUAGCAAGUGGAAUGGUUUUACCAGUGAUACAAUCGGUUUGUGUCGUUUCAUGCCGGUUAAUAAAAUAUGUAGAAAUAUAAAACAUUAUUAAUAUCAAAUGAAUUUAAUCAUAUAUAAACCAUAUUUGAAGACAAUUUAUGUGCAAUUCAUAUUGAUAUUUGAAUAAAAUAUGAUAUUUCAAAUAAAAUUACAUGUACUCAUAAUUAAAUUCACUAAAACUACGUAUUUUACUAAGAAAUUCGUAAAACGACCAUACCGGUCAUACCGAUGGUGUCAUGUCGAUUUCAUGACCGGUACCGGUUGAAUGGUUCGACCGGUGGCAUGCUGACCGACGUGACAAUCAUGAUGGACAGUGACAUAUAUCACAUUUUGGUUUUGCAUUAUAUCGAUGUACGCAACAGUAUACUAAUGUUCGUAGAGUGACAUAUAUAUCACACUUUUUAAACCAAAAAAUAUAUGAUUAAAGAUUACUAUGUAAAUUUCUGCUCAUUUUUACUAAAACUUAAUAAUAAUUUAUAUUUUAAUGAAUAAUUUAAACAACCACACAAAAAUAAUAAUAUUUUGUCGAUAAUGUCUGAAAGAAACUUGACAAAGAAAUAAUAGUUAUUUAUUAAAAAAGCUUUUUAUUCAUUAUGAUCAAGUGAAAACAUAUGAAUCGCAUGUGCAGUAUUUAAUGUAUCCUAAGUUCACAUUACUAUAAUUUUCUCUAGGUCAUGUUGAUUGAGCAAGCUCUAUUGAGGUCUUAUAUCAUAUGCUAAGAAAUUUUCUUUUCAGACUUGGAGUUAUUUAUUGAUAAAGAUUAUAAAUUGAAGUUUCCAAAAUGACUUGAGUAUAAUAGUUGAUGAACAUUGAUUGAGACACGAGAUCACUUGAAAAAUAAAAUGUGUGAAAUUUAGAGAAAUCUUUGUAAAUGAUGUACGUUAAACAUCACAUUUCAUGCUAAGAAAAAUCUAAAUUCGAAGAUUGAGGUAACAAAUAAGUAUUAAUAUUUUACUUCACAUAUAUAACAAAAAAUGUUUAUAGUUACAAUAGUGUAAACCGAGCUAUUGGGUCAAAAGAAGAAUAUUUAAUAAAUAUGAGUUGAGUAAGAAAAUUGUAACAAGUCUAUAUAGUUGUGAGUCUGUAAUUUCAUACCAAAUUUUGGCAAUAACAAAAAAAAUUGAUAUCAUAUUCCACCCAAGGAGCUGAGUUCAAAGGUAUUAAUUAGUGUUGAAAGUAAAAUAAACUCUUUGUAUAUCUUUAAUGGGUUUUGUGCAAAUUCAUGUGUGUUAUUGUUCAUCACAUCAUAAGUGACGAUUGACAUCAUUUUGACAUAAAUCGCAUGUUUAAAAUGACGGUUAUGAAGCGAGUGCACUAAAUGCACUAAAAAAAGUGAGUGCACCGAAGACGCCACUAUAUACAUAUAUAUAUAUAUAUAUAUAUAUAUAUAUAUAUAGAUAUUAACAAUAGAUGUGUCUAUAAUACAUCCAAUAAUUUAAAUACAUGUGAAAAGUCACAAUGUUUGUAUGAAAUUUUAAAUUUUGCUACAAAAUAUUUUGUUAAAAAAUUAUAAGUUAAUUAUUCAAGGAAUUCAUUAUUUUGAAUGCACCUGAAAUAUUUGUCUGUUGUAUACACACUUUACUAAUUAUUAAUAUAAGUAAUGAAAUUUUUGUUCUAGAACAAACACCAAAUAUAAAGAAAUUUUAGUGAAUGGACAUUCAAAUAGUUGAAAAAUUAUACAUUGAAGGAACAUGUUAAGAUGAGAACUUUCGAUAGUGUAUAUGAAUCCUUGGAUUCAGAUUCUAAACGAACAUUCAGACAAAAGGCACGGGUUGAGGGUUAGUACAAACUUAAAAUAUUGGUAAUUGUAAUGAGUUGCUAUACAAAGACUUCAUGAACAUCAACAAUAAAAAUGAGUGAGGUUUAGAGAAUUUAAUCAUUAUAAGGGAUACGAUGUGUUCAAAUUUCAAUUGGGAUAAACAUAAUCUAUCCAGUAAUCAAGUAUCUUUUUCAAUAAUUUGAACUCUGAUUAAUUGGCUGAGAGUUCGUACAAACUCGAGAAUCAUGAAUUGAUAUAUGUUGUAUAAGAUAAUAAAUUUGAGCGUAUUGGUGGAUUUUUUUUAUAUACGAUCCUAAAUGGGACGUGAUAAACCUUUACGACAUGAUUUAUGAUUAGAGAAUAAAAACAUCACAAGCGAGUGUGCUAACUAUUAAAUAAUAUUCGAUAUAGGCAUACCACAUAUUCACUUAUGAAGCGAGAGCAGAAAAUGUAUACAAGAUCCAAAAAGUUCAAAUAUGUAGAUAAGUUAACUAAUAUAAAUAAUAAAAUGAAAUUUUCCGGCCAACUGACGGGUAAAAAACUAGUUAAUUAAAUAGUUUUACAACAUGCCCAUAAACAUAUCAUUAAAACAACCCCUCAUCCAUCUAGACAUCUCAACGGCUUAAAAUUUAAAUGCCCUCUCCCAAUAUUCAAUUACAUAUAAUCUCUCUUCUAUAUAUAGAUGCAUUGCUUUGAUCGAUGAAAACCCAUCAUUCCUUCAUCACGAAAAGAGAAACCCAAAAGUGGCAGUGGGAGAAGCAGCUGCAAUGGUCGAGCCGCAGCUAGUGAGCAACAUUAGCGACGGGAAGAGGGCAACGGCGACGAAAUCGCCAACGUUUUCGCAACCGGAGGUUUCGUUUUUGGCAACGGAGAAAAAGAGAAUUAGCGACGGCGAGGGGCGGCCAAGGGUGAGGAAGCUGAAUGCGUACGAUAGAAUCGCGGUGGGCGCCGUCGCCGGGACCCAUCUGAUGGCAAUGUGCGCGCCGUUUUGCUUCAGCUGGGAUGCGUUUUGGCUGGCGGCGACGCUGCAAUUGGUGACGGGGUUGUUUGGGAUUUGCUUCUCGUACCAUCGGAAUCUCGCCCACCAGAGCUUCAAGCUCCUCCCUAAAUGGCUCGAGUACUUUUUCGCUUACAUCGGCGCCCAUGCCCUUCAGGGGGAUCCAUUGACGUGGGUGAGCAACCACAGGUUUCACCAUCAAUACACUGACACAGAAAGAGAUCCACACAGCCCCAUUGAAGGGUUUUGGCACAGUCAUAUGAGCUGGAUCUUCGAUUCAGCCAUGGUUAGAGAGAAGUGCGGGAAACGAGACAACGUUGGGGACAUGAAAAGCCAGGCCUUCUACAGGUGGCUUCGUAGGACUUACGUCUUCCACCCACUGGGACUUGCCCUUAUCUUGUAUGCCCUUGGUGGACUGCCCUACAUCGUUUGGGGAAUUGGCGUGAGGGUAGUGGGCGUUUACCACGCCACGUGGUUUGUCAACUCGGCCACUCACAUAUGGGGAUCUCGAGUUUGGAACACCGACGACUUGUCGAGAAACAACUGGUGGGUGGCAGUUUUGACAUUUGGAGAAGGUUGGCACAACAAUCACCAUGCGUUCAAGUACUCGGCAAGGCAAGGGCUGGAGUGGUGGCAGAUCGACAUGACUUGGUACGUAGUGAGGUUACUUCAAGCCAUGGGGUUGGCUUAUGACGUCAAGCUGCCGAGUAAGCUCCAAAUGCAGAAGCUGGCCAUGAAAGACCCAAACCUGUAGCUGAUGAACAACUACUUCAGCUUCAUAUAUAUAAACACACAGAAACAUGAAGGAUUAAAAUAUAUUAAUGGUUGAGAUAUUUUGAGAAAGGAAAAAUCUAGAGGAAAGGAGAAGAAGAGUUGGACGAGAAAAAGUGGGAAGAAAGGAGAAGUGUCUAGAGAAUAAUGAAAAAAAUUAUUAUUUGUGCAGAUUUUUAGAGGAAUAAGGGUGUGGAAGAGUAGUAUAAAUAGGUUGGGUAUGGACUUGUGUUGUGUGUGGAGUGAAGUGAGCAGAGUAAGAAAAGAAAGGAAGAGAGAGAGAGGUGAGUUUGUGUGUAGGUGGAGUGGUGAGAGAAAAUAAGGUUUGGUAAGGUAUAGAGUUGUAAGAGUGAGCUUGAGAGAAUUGUUAGUGUGUGAUGUGUCUCAAAGUCAUAUGUGUGAGCUUGUUGUAAUAUUACAAGUUAGUACUUGUAUUAAUAAAAGUUGUAUUUUAGC